AUUUUACAAUUUACGCGAGCUUGGACUUUCAAAGGCUACAAAGGGUCAUUUAACAAUUCAAUAGAAGUUAGCUGGACUAAUGCCACACAGCUGAUUGAUGAAGGAUUUGUUAAUUUAAAAGGCAUUACACUUUUCUACGCCUUUGGCUUCUUGGGUAGCGAAAACAUUCAAGACACAGAUAGAUUUAUAGAAGCCACCUUAAACUAUACUGAUUGGUCUAUGGUACUCGUUAACUGGGAGGAUGAAGCUAAUCCUGGUGGGUUAGCAAAUUAUUUCGCAGCGGCCCGAAAUAGUCAAACGAUUGGCACGGAGUUAGGACAAGCUAUAUCUACCAUGGUGGCUGGCGGCCUAAAUCCAAACAACAUAAUAUUAGUGGGGUUCUCUCUAGGCGCACAGAUGUGUGGUAGAGCCGGUUUUGUUAUUCAAAAUAUCAUUGGACAACCUUUACCGUUGAUCGUAGGUCUUGACGCAGCGAAGCCCCUAUUCGAACCUAUCCAAAUAUUUAGAUGUAUAAAAUCAACUGACGCCUCUAGUGUGAUCCUUGUCCACUCAGAUAUGUCACUGUUCGGUGUGUCAGGCAGCUAUGGAACACAAAACUUCUUCGCUAACGAUCCAUAUUAUACAUCGCACGGUUAUCAACCAGGGUGUAGUUUGGCCAACACCUUGUUAAAUCCUAUCUUUUUGUUUGAAAACUUUAAUUUUUUCCGUAUAGGUAUGUACUAUCGUAGAAAUAAGUAA